AUGGCACCGUCCCUCAUCCGCUCGCCGGUCCAGCUGCCACCGGCCGAGGCAUUGGCCCUCUCCCAGCAAGCUCCUGUCGUCCUCCAGAGCUCUCCGAGCACCGUGUCAUCAUCCGCCCUGGGUUCAUUGUUUUCCGCCACCGAGAAGCCCGAGCUAUGGAUACAAUACGAGAACUUGAUUCUUUCCUGUCUCCGAACUGGCGACGACAGGGCGGCACAAGAAUGCUACGAUCGACUUGCUGCUCGUUUCGGAAACAAUGACCGAGUCAAGGCGCUGGGAGGGCUCAUCAAGGAGGCCCAGGCCCAAAAUAAUGGCGAGUUGGAAAAGGUUCUGAAGGAGUACGACCAGAUGCUCGAGGAGAACAACACCAAUCUCCCUAUCAUGAAGAGACGUAUUGCCCUCCUUCGAUCCAUGGGCCGCCUCUCGGAUGCGGGCUCAGCCCUGGUGCAGCUUCUUGAUUUCUCCCCGACCGAUUCCGAGGCUUGGUCUGAGCUGUCGGAUCUCUACUUUUCUCAGGGGUUGUACCCACAAGCGAUCUACGCCAUGGAAGAGGUCCUGAUCCUGGCUCCAAACGCAUGGAAUGUACAUGCCCGACUAGGCGAACUGCAAUACAUGGCCGCCACUGCUUCGGGUGCCACCGGUGCACCCUAUCAGAAGCAGAUGGCAGAGGCCAUCAAGCGUUUCUCGCGCAGCAUUGAGUUGUGCGACAAUUAUCUGCGAGGUUAUUAUGGCUUGAAACUGGUCACAAAGAGACUGUUGAAGGACAAUGCCAAGCCGGCAAAGCAGUCUGACGAUGAAGACUUCUCUCUCCCAGAUUCCAACACCAUUGAGCGGUUGAAUGAACUGGCCACAGCCAAGUUGGCCGAGAUUGUCCGACACAGCAGUGCGCAAGACCGCGGUUGGAGGGGGUACGAUGCCGCCGAGGUUGCAGCAGCGCGGGAGCUCCUCUCCGAGGAUGCGCCCUCGGGGAUGGAGAGGUGA